AUCAGGACGCGGGCAGCCGCAGAUCUUCUGCGGGGAGCGGGAGCCUCGAGUCCCUCAGCGGGACGGACGAGUCGUGGAGCCCGCUGCAGAGCCCGCUCCAGCAGAGGGGCCAAUGGAGACCUUCCCCGCUCUGGGCCGUCCAGGCCUGCGGGGGGGGCUCUGCGGACCUCGACUGCGUCGACUCGCCGCUCGACGACAUGCUGCUGAGGAAGAGGCGCUGGCUAGGCCUCACCCGUAGCGCCGAGGGCUUUGUCAACAUCGGGAAGCCUCGCCGCCACUCGUGCUGAGGUGAGGCGUACAGCCCUGGGCAGGAAGGCGUAGGCUCUCUUCUUGCCCGUCACGUGAGGCGCGCGGCCCUGUGCAGAAAUUCGAUCCUGUGCCGAGCAGCUGUUGUGGCUUGGGCGCGCGUUGGACACUUCGAGACCUCUCUUGGCUAAACCGGGCUGGUAUUGCUAGCUCGCCUUGAGCGUGCUCGGAGCGGUAUUUCAGAGGUCCCCCGCCCAGUCCUUUCAGACGGCGAAUUUUAUGGUGGUCCGAGUCGUUCCCCACGGACGCCCUUGUUCUUUUGCAUCUUUUGGCUCAUAGCGUCACUUUGGCUGCCUGUGUAUCCAGGCUGCCAGUCGGCGCUUCACUGCUGAGACGACGAGUCAUCGACAGUCGGACAUGUCGCCUCUGCUGUGGUACGCCUUCGUGUGCGUCUGGCGUUCCUCGAAGAAGAAGAAAGGCAUAAGCAUAAACUUCUCGGAGUUCCGCGCGGAUGUCAUCGAUCUGCGCGCGCCAGAGGGGCUCACGCAGAUCCAAUAAGCCCGCGCGUAUCUCCACCAGUUAAGGCUGAUGUUUUUUUCCUUCCUCUAGUUCCAGCGUCCUCGACUCAAGGCUGGGUCGAACUUUUUUGUUUUUGCGUGAACCUGCGAGGGGCACUUCACGCUCUGCACUGGGGUUUCACGCCCGCGCCCGUCGUGGAAUUGCCAACGGGAAAGGGCAGCUCAUUUAGAGCAGUAGGAUGGGGAGAAGAAUCACUCCGCGCGGGGAGCAGGAAUAACGCCAACGCGCGGACCCCAAACUGUUCAUUCGCGCCUCAAGUAUGGAGCCCCGUGUGUGUGUGUGUGUGUGUGUGUGUGUAAGCUCUUGUGUGUGGAGCCCCACGUGUAGAAUCCCUGUGCCUGUGGAGCCGCCCGUCCGUCACCGGUGCGUGUGAUCACAAACCAUGUAAAUGCAAGCCCCCUUGAGCUUCGUGCUUCCGACAGCCCGAAGCAGUGGCCGGAGCACCGCGCUCUUCGAUCCGCGGAGGCCGCGCGGGAGAGACCCCCCCUUGUGCUCGCCGCCGAGCCCAGCGGUCUGCACCGCCUCGUGCUCUGUGCGGCAGGCGCGUGCGCACUGCGAUGCGUCGCUGGUUGCCUCCUACCUUCUUGUUCUCAUCGCCUUGCCGCCGAUCUCGCAGAGGUCCGCGCGGACUUCCUUCCAGAGGUCCGCGCGGCCUUCUUGGACGGUCGCCCGGCGCGCGGAGGGCGCCCGCGGCGGCGCCGGGGGGGGGGUCUGGCGCCAGUUCCGAGGAGUCCGCGCGGACCUCCGGUGUGCACGCUUACAGGAUGUGCUGCUGCUUCUGCCCCCCCCCCUUCUAUGAGCAUGGGGGACAUGAGCUCAGAAGGAGCAGCGGAAGCGGCAGCACCAUCUCCAGUUGGAGCGGUUCGUGGUUUGGUGAACCGCUGGCGCUGGUUGGGCAACUGACAUUUCGUCCCUCGUGGGAUUCUCUUGACGCCGCGGCGUACGCUUUUUGAUGUGUAUGAGGCCGGGGCGCCGUGCGAAUUAGUGUCUGCAUGCGCCGAAAAACGUGAUGUAAGUGUGAGUUCCCGACUCGGACACACUGGGAGGUCGUAUCGUUGACGAAGCGUCUCCACGGUGAGGCACGUGCGACUCUGUUUGUGGGGGCACGCUUGGAGCUCACCCUCUGCAGACGCGCAUCCGUCUUCCCAAGCCGUCGAACGCUCGUAAUCGUCGGCGGAUUUCUCUCCUUCUGCACCUCACCGUCUGCUCUUGCUCUCUUGACCGAAACCUCUAAACGAGCAGAACCCACCUGGAACCACCUAGGCCCUUACCGACGAAGCACC